CCCAGCUCUCGCCACCUCCAACUCCUUUUCCACCCCUCCCACCGCUCCUCCGUCUCCGUCUCCGACCCGCAUCCUACUUCUUCUCCUCCCAUCUCAUCUCGUCUCUCACUUUCCUCCUCCUCUCGCCACCUCCCUCGUCUCCAGGAGCACCCCGUGCACCUGCAUCUGUGCAUCGCACUAACUUCUGACACCACCGAAAAGUUCAUCCCGAACACUAUCCACCAUGUCUCUCCGCCUCCUCACCCGCCGCAUCGUCGCCACUCCGUCGCGCCUGCGUCCCCUCGCCCGGACGCUCGUGACGCCUUCUCAGCCCGCAACGGCAAGCGUUACCGAGGCCCCCAAGGCCGAUGCCGAGGCCCCAGCUGAAUCCGCUCCCAGCGGCUUCAAGCUCCAGCCCCGUCAGUCCCGCGGCGGCUUCGUCAAUGGCCGGCCAAUCUACCUCGACGCCCAGGCGACCACGCCAAUGGACCCCCGUGUACUCGACAAGAUGCUGCCCCUCCUCACGGAGCAGUACGGCAACCCCCACUCGCGCACACAUGCGUACGGAUGGGAGGCCGAGGAGCUUGUCGAGAACGCCCGUGAAGAGGUCGCCAAGCUCAUCAACGCCGGACCCAAGGAUAUCGUCUUCACCUCCGGUGCAACUGAGAGCAACAACCUGAUCGUGAAGGGCAUCGCCAACUUCCACAAGAGCAAGAAGAAGCACAUCAUCACCACACAGACCGAGCACAAGUGUGUCCUCGACUCGUGCCGCUUCCUUCAGUCGCAGGGCUUUGAGGUGACAUACUUGCCCGUCGGGCCGACGGGCCUCGUCUCCCUCGACGAGCUCAAGGCCGCGCUUCGGCCGGACACAUCGCUGGUCUCCAUCAUGUUCGUCAACAACGAGAUUGGUGUCAUCCAGCCCAUUGCUGAGAUCUCGCGCGUGAUCAAGGAGUACGCCAAGGAGCAGGGUGUCACCAAGCCUCUGCUGCACACGGACGCGGCGCAGGCUGUCGGCAAGGUUCCUGUCGACGUUGAGGCCAUGGGCAUCGACGUCAUGUCGAUCUCUGGCCACAAGAUCUACGGGCCGAAGGGCGUUGGUGCGGCGUACGUCCGUCGUCGUCCGCGUGUCCGUCUCGAGCCCCUCAUCCACGGCGGUGGCCAGGAGCGUGGUCUGCGUUCCGGUACCGUCCCCGCCCCUAUCGUCGUCGGCCUCGGUGAGGCAGCACGCCUCGCGCGCGAGGAGAUGGCUGCCGACCACGCUCACGUGUCUCGGCUCAGCAAGCGCCUGGUCGAGGGCAUCAACGAGAACGUCGGGUACGUCGUGCGCAACGGCGACCCCGAACACGGGUACCCCGGCUGCGUGAACCUGUCGUUCGCAUACGUCGAGGGCGAGUCGCUGCUCAUGGCGCUCAAGGACGUCGCCCUGUCCUCCGGGAGUGCGUGCACGUCGGCAUCGCUUGAGCCAUCGUACGUUCUCCGCGCGCUCGGCGCGUCCGACGACAUGGCCCACUCGUCGCUGCGCUUCGGCAUCGGCCGCUUCACCACGGACGAGGAGAUUGAAAUGGUCAUCAAGCGCAUCACCCAGGUCGUGACCAAGCUCCGUGACAUGAGCCCACUGUGGGAGAUGGCCGUCGAGGAGGGCAUCGACCUGAGCACCAUCGAGUGGUCGGGCCACUAGUUUGAUAGGGUUAGCUUG